GUACUGUUAAGAUGCCGAACCCGAAGGUGUCAAAACUUCGUUGAACGACAACAAGAUAAGAGAUAAGAAACAUCUAUUUUCAGACAAGGUUUGCAGUCAUUAUAAUGGUCGAGAAAUCGCGCGCACCAAGACUCGGGAGCAGGACAGGGUCAGAAUAAAGCGUCAUUAACGCAAAUAGGGUCGACUCCCACCGCGUUUAAUGUAGUAAAACCCCGUCCCGGGCUGAGCGCCGCCUGAAAAGAGCUCGAAGCGGUAUAGGAAUGUUCUCCAACACGACAAAAAUAGCGGCUCAAGCGCUCGAUAGUAAUGCUCCGCUUCACCCUCCUUCCGCGGCUGCACUAGGCUUGGACCCGUUCCGUCGCCAUGAAAUCUCGUGUCCCCCUCUUGUUUGGUUCGUCUGCAUUCGGCAUCAAGGGCACACUGGGUACACGCAUACACGAUAUCAACGAGUGUCGAAGGAUCGUCGAGUACUUGAACUCCAAGGGUUACCAUGAAUACGACGGCGCUCGAAAGUAUGGCGAUGGGUCAUCGGAAGAAUACCUUGGGAAGCUGAGAGAUCUGGGCGCCCUUGAGGGCGCUAAAAUCGACACAAAGGUGUUUGUUGCUAUUCCAGGAGUUCCAGGAGACCAUGCACCAGGAAAACUUCGCGCAUCUCUACAGGAAUCAUUGAAGGCCUUAAACAUGGAUAAAGUUCGGGUUUUCUACUUGCACCUUCCUGACAGGGGCACACCGUUCGAAGACACGUUGUUCGAGAUCAAUGAGCUUUACAAGGAGGGAAAGUUCGAGUACUUCGGGCUCAGUAACUACUACUCUUGGGAGGUGGCAGAGAUAGUGACUAUAGCCAAGGCGAAGGGUUGGAUUGCGCCAACCGUGUAUCAAGGAGUAUACAACGCCCUAGAGCGUAACAUUGAAAGCGAACUUAUACCAUGCCUUCGCAAGUUUGGGCUGAGCUUUGUGGCGUAUAGCCCUCUGGCUCGCGGCCUGUUCGGAGGCGUAGAUCCAAAUGCUCCAGCGAAAGGCAGUCGCUGGGACUUCAGCUCUUCCGUCAUGGCUCCCGGUUUGCACAUGCGUUAUAAAGGCUACACAGAGAUAUUCCCUCAACUUACAGAGACACUUAAACGACACAACCUAAGCGGGGCUGAAGUUGCCUUGCGAUGGCUCCAGCAUCACAGCGCCCUAGGACAAGAGGACGGCAUCAUCCUCGGCGCAAGCAGCCUCGAGCAACUGCAGGCUAAUGUCGAAGACAGCGAGAAAGACCCGCUGCCAAGCGCAAUCGUGGAUCUGUUGCAGGAGAUGUGGGUUGUCAACAAGGGGCGAUCACCUCCGUACUUUAUUGUUCCUGGAGUCGGAGGUGGAAAGAAGUAGUGUGGAUAGUGAUCCCUAUUCCCCUAAAGCACUUCCUAUCAUCUGUAACGGAAGGUUGUAUCCACGUCAUUAUAGGCUGUUGUACAUUAUCCGGGUAUUUGCAAUCCAACAA